CACCCUGAUGAUUUUCACCUGAAAUCCAGUUGCUGUACCCAAGAUCCCUUUCCCAUUCUCCAUCCGAUUUUCUCACAGUUACCUUUUGCUGGCAUUACGAGGAUUAAUUGGUUCAUGCAGAGUGUUUUCCUUCCACCAAUCUCAAUCUAGAAUUGGGUUGUGGUGUGAAUGCGAUAGAGGCGUAUCCACGAGGUUUUCCGUUCUGGGUUUCGAAAGGUUUAGCGAAAUGGACGGUAGUUUUGCCAUUUCCAUCUGCAUGCAAUAGAUUGUUCUCAUUAUUGAGCAGAGUGUGAAGAUUGGAUGGCCCUGGCCCCUGGCACUGUGGUGGUUCUAAGCCUAGCUUUAGGAUUGAAAUAACUUUUGGCUAAGAAAAUUUGGGGUUUUGGACACUUUGAGUGACCUCUUAAGGUAAAAACUUUGUUGAAUGGGGAUUCAGACAAUGGGGUCUCAAGGUGAAAAUAAUACUAGUAGCAAACAGUCUCACUUCCAGCCAUUGGCACGGCAAAAUUCAAUGUACAGUCUUACUCUAGAUGAGGUUCAAAAUCAGUUGGGUGGCUUGGGGAAGCCCCUAAGCAGCAUGAACCUUGAUGAGCUUCUCAAGAAUAUAUGGACAGCUGAGGCCAAUCAAUCUAUUGGUGUGGAAACUGAGGGACCAAUGCUGGCCAAUCAAACUGUUCCACAGCGCCAGGCAAGCCUGUCAAUAACUGGUGAUUUGAGCAAGAAAACAGUUGAUGAGGUCUGGAGAGAUAUUCAACAAAGCAAAAGUGAUGGGGAAAAGAAGUCUUGGGAUAGACAACCUACUCUUGGAGAGAUGACUUUGGAGGAUUUCUUGGUAAAAGCAGGGGUUGUUGCUGAAGCAUCUGCAGAUAAAAGAUCUGGUGGUUCUGUCACUGGGAUCGAUCAUAGUAUUGCACCACAGUUUCCACAGCAAGGUCAAUGGAUGCAGUACCAACAUGCACAAUAUCAGAAUCCACAACAAAGUAUGAUGGGGGUUUAUAUGUCAGCCCAGGCUAUGGCACAAGCAUUGCCUAUGGGGGCAACAGCUCCUGCAGUAAUGGAUGUCUCAUACCCAGAGAACCAAGUUGCAAUGCCUCCACCUUUAAUGGGAUCAUUGUCUGAUACACAAACAUCUGGAAGGAAAAGAGGCACCUCUGAGGACGUGAUUGAGAAGAGUGUUGAAAGGAGGCAGAAAAGAAUGAUAAAAAAUCGGGAAUCUGCAGCUCGCUCACGAGCGAGGAAGCAGGCUUAUACCAAUGAAUUGGAACACAAAGUGUCACGCCUGGAAGAGGAAAAUGAAAGGCUUCGGAAACAAAAGGAGCUGGAGAAGAUGCUUCCUAGUGCACCACAACCAGAGCCAAAAUAUCAGCUCCGUAGAACAUCUUCAGCCCCAUUCUAACAACUGCUAGAGCGGAAGCCUUUCAGCUACAUCAACUUCUGACUGCUGUUUAAUAUUUACAUUCCAGUAAAUACAUCAAGCAAUCACUAGCCUCUGGACCUUGCAGAAGCAGCUGCCCUUUGCUUGUGCCGAUGAUGGUUGCUUCUUUGUAUUGUGAUGGUUUUGCUGUUUCUGUAUUUUCAGUGAAUUAGAUGCCUUAGAAAUUUUCGUGGUACCUUGUGUACUUUAUAGCCAUGGAGUGUUAAGAUAGGGACAAAAUUGUACGUUAUAAAUGAAGUCGUAGAUUUUGC